AAAGGUUUCGACACCACUCAACUGUAGUCCUAAAGUCCAAAGAGACGUCUAUUGAUUCCAAACACUCGACAAGCUAAACCUUAUAUAUUCUAUAUAUAAUCUUCAUCUUCAUCACCUCAGACUCAAGCAGCUGAAACCCACCACCUUAAUUACCACAAACCCAAAUCCAAAGAGCCUGAGGCAACCGCUGCCACUGCCUCCCCAUCGCUGCCGUCGAAGACGGAGCCAACGGCUCCUCCGCCGCAGUACAUAUAUCUUUGCAGUGUUUGCCACCGGAAAUUAGUUGCCUUGAUUCACAAGUUGGGUUCAUGUGUUUCACAGAUACUAAUUUCACUUAAAAAGCAGGCUUUGCCCCAGAGGUACUUCUAAUCGAGAGGAAUGGGUAGUUGGACAGACAUGAAGGGCUUCACCCUCCAAGUUCUUACAGGAAGGUGGCUCAUGUUGUUUGCCUCAUUUCUAAUGAUGGCUGGUGCUGGUGCAAGCUACAGCUUCGGCCUCUACUCAAAUGACAUCAAGUCCUCGCUCGGUUACACCCAAACGACGCUCAAUCUCAUCAGCUUCUUCAAGGACUUGGGCGCCAACAUUGGCAUAUUUUCGGGGUUAAUCAACGAGGUCACUCCCCCAUGGGUGGUCUUAUCAAUCGGUGCAGCUUUCAACUUCUUUGGCUACUUCAUGAUUUGGCUUGCCGUGACCAAAAAGAUAGCCAAGCCCCAAGUUUGGCACAUGUGCAUGUACAUAACAAUGGGGGCAAACUCGCACACUUUCAUCAACACAGGAGCUCUAGUCACAUGCGUGAAGAACUUCCCCAGAAGCCGGGGACUCUUGUUAGGCCUUUUGGAGGGCUAUAUUGGUCUAAGUGCAGCAGUAAUAGCACAGAUAUACCAUGCUUUUUAUGGUGAUGACACUAAGUCCUUCACAUUGUUCGUCGCAUGGCUUCCUUCUACUCUUUCUUUGAUAUUUCUCCGAACCAUUAGAAUCAUGCCGGUUAUACCAAGCAAAAAUGACCGCAAUGUGUUACAUAAAUUCUUUUUUAUCUCACUUGGACUUGCUAUGUUCUUGUUGGUAAUAAUCAUAGUAGAGCAGCAAGUUGACUUCACACAAAGUGAGUACGCUGGGAGUGCUGCUGUGGUGGUUUUCUUGCUCUUUCUCCCACUCGCUGUUGUUGUAGCCGAAGAGCAAAAUAUUUGGAGGAACAAUCGACUAACUAGUACGGCAGAACAUAUCGAUUCAUCAGGCCAAAACCAGCUGAGUAUAAUUUCUUCCCCAGUGUCAUUAGUGUUAACCAAUGAUGACAAGAAAGUUUCUUGUUGGAAUUGGAAUCACAUAUUUAGUCCGCCACAGAUAGGAAACGACUACACCAUACUCCAAGCAGUGUUCAGCAUCGAAAUGUUAGCUCUGUUCUUGACAACACUAUGUGGCCUAGGCGGCAUGUUAACAAUGAUGGACAACUUGGGUCAGAUUGGAACUGCAUUAGGAUACUCAUUGGGAAGUGUAACCACAUUUGUGUCACUCACAAGCAUAUGGUGUUACCUAGGGGAAGUAAUGGUGGGUAUGCUCUCAGAAAUCUUCGUCACAAAGUACAAAUGUUCUAGACCUCUCAUGUUCACUCUAACCCUCUUGCUAUCAUGCAUUGGUCACCUUCUGAUUGCAUUCAAUGUCCCCAACGGUCUCUAUGCGGCUGCGAUAAUCAUUGGGUUUUGCUUCGGUGGACAGUGGCCACUGAUAUUUUCAGUAACUUCUGAGAUUUUCGGGCUUAAGCACUGCUCUACUCUGAACAAUAUUGGGGUAAUGGCUUGUCCACUGGGGUCAUAUUUGCUCAAUGUGAGGGUUACAGGGUUUCUCUAUGAUAAGGAGGCAGAGAAGCAACUGAAAGCUUUGGGAUUGAAGAGGAAGACUGGGGAGGGGUUAAAUUGUAGUGGGGGACAAUGCUACAAAUUGCCCUUCAUUAUAAUCACUGGAGCGACAAUGCUUGGUGUGCUUUUUUCACUUGUUUUGGUACUUAGGACUAGGAAGUUCUAUAGCAGUGACAUUUACAAAAAAUUCAAAGAUGAGGCCAAAGCAGCAGAGUAUGAAACUGUGGUGGCCAGAAACCCAAUUGGACUAGAAAAGUCGAGUGAAAAGUUAGAAGUUGAGACUUGAGAGUGAUUCAAUAAGUACGUAGCAGAAGAAACCAAUCUCAAGACUUCUGAGGUUAAAGGAGUAAGGUAGAAAUCCCGGGGUAAAUAAUUCAAGUAAGCAAUUAUUAGGAAAUAAUUGAAUUGUGCUCAUCUAGGAGAGGAGUGUUUAGUGCAAGUUAGUGUAGAUAAUGAACAGAGUGUGAGCAUUCAGCAUUGUUAUGUUCCAGUUUCUUACCGUGUUUGUGAACUGCGGAUAGCAGAUAUUGAUGCCUUUUCAAGUCUAAAUGAAUUUCUAUCUUUCUAUGAAAACAAAAAA